CGGAGUUAGGCCGCUACACGCCGGAAGUGGCAGCUGAGUGGGGGCGCUGAGGUGUCUGCCGGCGGGGCAGAGGCCCGGAGCAGUGGGCGGGGGCGUUGGUCAUGUUUCCUUUCGGGCCCCAUAGUCCUGGAGGGGACAGGUCGGCCGGAGCCUGGGCUGAGGAGCCAGCGCCCUAUGAGGGGCAGGCAGCAGCCGCCAGGCCGCCCUCACCUCUACAGCCAGGGGCGGAUGUGACCCCUCCUCAUCCACCCGCCCGGAGCCCUCGCCGCCCCGGUGCCCCAUCGCUGUCCCCGGCCCCACGCGCCGGAGAGCUCGAGCCGCCCGGAGUCCCGGAGUCCUCGGCUGCCUCCGCCCAGGGAGAGCCGUCACCUCCCUCCCCUCCGCGCCGGCGGCCCGGGCCAGACUGCAAGGCCGAGAGUCGGGGCCAGCACCGCCUCAGCGCGGGCAUGGGCGGCCCUGGCGCCAGGCUGUUCGGGUGGCUGAAAGAGCGCAGCCUGGGGCGCGGGCUGUUCGUGGACCCAGCGCGGGACAAUUUCCGCACCAUGACUAGCCUCUAUGGUUCCAUCCACCCCGCGGACUCGGUGUACCUCAGCACCCGCACCCAUGGCGCCGUCUUCAACCUCGAGUACUCGCCCGACGGGUCAGUGCUGACAGUUGCUUGUGAACAAACUGAAGUUCUGCUUUUUGACCCUAUAUCUUCAAAGCACAUAAAAACACUUUCUGAAGCUCAUGAAGACUGUGUAAAUAAUAUCAGAUUUCUUGAUAACCGGCUGUUUGCUACCUGCUCUGAUGACACUACAAUAGCACUAUGGGAUCUCAGAAAAUUGAACACCAAAGUAUGCACUUUACAUGGUCACACUAGCUGGGUGAAGAACAUCGAAUAUGAUACUAAUACAAGACUCUUAGUAACAUCAGGAUUUGAUGGAAAUGUCAUUAUUUGGGACACUAACAGGUAUACAGAAGAUGGGUGUCCACAUAAGAAAUUCUUUCACACACGUUUUCUCAUGCGAAUGAGGUUAACACCAGAUUGUUCCAAAAUGUUGAUUUCAACAUCCUCUGGAUAUCUCUUAAUUUUGCAUGACCUUGACUUAACCAAGUCUUUAGAAGUAGGCAGCUAUCCCAUUUUAAGAGCAAGAAGAACUACUUCAAGUUCAGAUUUGACCACUUCAUCAAGUUCAUCUGGUCCUAGAGUUUCUGGCUCACCUUGUCAUCAUAGUGAUUCUAAUUCUUCUGAGAAACACAUGUCACGAGCCUCUCAAAGAGAAGGAGUUUCACCACGAAAUAGUCUUGAAGUUGUAACCCCUGAAGUUCUUGGUGAGAGUGACCAUGGAAACUGCAUCACAUCCUUACAGCUGCACCCAAAAGGCUGGGCCACUCUUCUCCGGUGCUCAAGCAACAGUGAUGAUGAGGAGUGUACUUGUGUCUAUGAAUUCCAAGAAGGAGCUCCAGUGCGACCUGUCUCACCUCGCUGUUCUCUACGACUGACUCAUUACAUUGAAGAAGCCAAUGUAGGCAGGGGUUACAUCAAAGAACUUUGCUUCAGCCCUGAUGGGCGAAUGAUUUCUUCCCCACAUGGCUAUGGGAUUCGCUUGUUGGGAUUUGACAAACAGUGCAGUGAACUUGUCGACUGCUUGCCCAAAGAAGCCAGUCCCUUGCGGGUGAUCCGUUCUCUGUACUCUCAUAAUGAUGUGGUACUGACAACAAAGUUCUCUCCAACACAUUGUCAGAUUGCCUCAGGGUGCCUUAGUGGACGGGUUUCUUUGUAUCAGCCAAAGUUUUAGGCACAACUUACAUCAAAUAAGGAACUCUUCUGGUGUUUGACUUAGGAAUUACUUCAAUUUAGGUGAAGUAUUUUCUUUUUAGAAGAUCUUAUGAGUUUGGGUCAAGAUCCUGGUUCUUAUGGGUCCAUGAAUACGCUUGUGACCUGAGUACUUGGUCAUCCGGCAUCAUACAGGCAUCUCCAAAUUAGACUCUAUGCAGCAUCAUCUUUUUCAGCAUUCCUCUGCUCCUGCUGAUCUGUGCCACUGAAUUCCAGUUCUUCUGGUCAUUUUGCAUGGUAGCUCUUGUCAAGUUCCUUCCUUCCUCACACUCUAUUUCUCUCUUUUCCCUCUCCCUACUCCUCUCUUUCUGUUUUUUGAUUUUGGUGUCAAUUUUGUGGACAUUUGGCAGGAGUUUUGAAUGGGGUAGGAGAAACCCAUGACAUUAGAGUUGAAUAAAACCUGGAAGUUGGAUAUUGGCAUAUUGGUUGUUGAAAAAGAAAUUUCAUCUUCACUUAUGAGUAUACUUGACCUUUUAAAGUUGCUGUUAUGUUUAUCUAUAUUGAGAAUAGAUAAUGGCAUUAUUCUUAUAAUCAUUAAGACAGUCUUGCAACAAAAUGUCUUUUAAGUUUCCUGUUAAAAUUAUCAACAGAUUUUCAUGAGAGGGAUUUAUUGUGAAAAUCUAGGAAAAAAAUUAUCACCUCUCUUUGUAAUUUACAUUACUUGUAUGAAUUUAACAUCUCUAGCAUGUAUCCUUACUUGAUAUUUUGUUCCUAUCAAGGCAUUAGACAGGAAAGAAGGAGAAAGAAUGGGCUUUGGUUAUUUCUAUUGUACAGAAAGGGAUUUUUAAAAUUAGAUUAGUACAAUAUCUGGCCAUAGAGUGAUGAGAACAAUGUGACAUAGAUUAUCUGUAUUUCAUCUGCCAGAUUAUUUGAAUCACACAGGAUGAUGUGUUAACAGUAUUGGGGUGGAGGAGGAAUCAAGAGUAAAGAGGCAGAGGUUUACUCAUUUUUCUUCCCUGAGCCAGGUGUCAUAAGCCAACCCUGUCACCAUUAGUGAGGGGAGAGUUGCAGUCCUUUUCAAGUUGUUACCGUAAGUACGGUAGUCAGUGACUUGGAUAUCAAGACUAAGUGCUGAUGUGAA